UCAAAAUUUCUGGGAAUUCAAUCGUUGACCAUCCCAGUGACAAACUUCUGUUGGCCCAGCUUAUCUCUUGCUUUCCUCUGUUUCAUUUCUUGCUCUAAAAAUGCUCGUCCUAUACGAGACGUCUCUGGGCUACUGUCUUUUCAAGAUCGCGGACUCGGCAAAAGCAGAGAGUGAGGAUGUCUGGGAAGAUUUCGAGACGCCAGAGAAAGCCAAUAAACUUCUCAAACUAAAGUCAAUACACCGCUUUACCUCAACAGCAACUGCCGUCGAAGAGAUUACGGCCAUCCAGGAAAGCAAACUUGGCAAAGGAUUGAAGCAAUUCCUUUCAGAUGAAGUCGUUGGGAAAGGAAAAGGAAAGGAAUCGUUGGCUGUAAUUGACCCCAAACUUGGACACUCAAUCAGCAAGAAACUGGGCAUCAAAAUCGUCCCUCAUGCUUCCAGUGACUUGUUCCGUGGUAUUCGAUCACAACUGGCGGCCCUCCUUGACGGCCUCGACCCGCAGGAUUUGGCCACCAUGAGUUUAGGUUUAAGCCAUUCAUUAUCACGGUUCAAGCUCAAGUUCUCCCCCGACAAAGUUGACACUAUGGUCGUCCAGGCUAUUGCACUAUUGGACGACCUCGACAAGGAGAUCAACAUCUAUGCCAUGCGAGUGAAGGAAUGGUAUGGCUGGCAUUUUCCCGAACUCGCCAAAAUCAUCGUCGACAACGUCGCUUAUGCAAAAGUCAUUAAGGCAAUGGGUUUCCGUACCAACGCCGCCACCACUGAUUUUUCAUCCGUUUUGCCCGAAGAUCUCGAGGCUACCGUGAAGGCUGCAGCAGAAAUAUCCAUGGGUACCGAAAUCUCUGACUCUGACAUUGCGCACAUCAAUGCACUUUGCGAUCAAGUCGUUUCGAUAUCCGCCUACCGCACACAGCUUGCUGAAUACCUUCGCAAUCGUAUGAACGCUAUUGCACCUAAUCUCACUGCUCUGGUCGGCGAACUUGUUGGUGCACGGUUAAUCAGCCACGCUGGUAGUCUUCUCAGCCUCGCCAAGCAUCCCGCCAGUACCGUACAGAUUCUUGGUGCUGAGAAGGCACUGUUCCGCGCUUUGAAGACGAAGCACGAUACGCCCAAAUACGGUUUGAUCUACCAUGCAUCGCUGAUUGGUCAAGCACCACCAAAACUAAAGGGCAAGAUGGCGCGUAUGGUCGCAACAAAAGCUGCUUUGUCGAUCCGUGUGGACGCUUUGACAGAUGUGGACGGCAAGUCUGAACCUUUGGCUCCUUCAAUAGGUAUCGAGAACCGUGCCAAGUUGGAAGCCCGUCUCCAUGCUUUAGAGGAAGGCGGUAAUGCUUCCGGCAUCCGAUCUGCUCAGAAUGGCAACAGGCAGCAACGCUUCCAGAUGUCGGGAGAGACCAAGACGUAUAACACUGCUGCUGAUGAUGUUGACCUGGUGCCUACUCAGCGAGAGCCUGCGGAGCGGGCGCUUCAGGCCGUGUUGGAUGCUAAGGCUGAAAAGAAGAAGGCCAAGGAGGAGCGAAGGGCGAAGAGGAAGGCAGAGAAGGGGGUGCAAAGUGAUGACGAGAAGGCAGUUGUGAAGGAGAUUGACGGUGACAAGAAAGAGAAGAAGAGGAAGCGGCGAGAGAGUGAGGUGAACGGAGAUCCCGCACCCAAGGUAAGGCCCUCCCCUCACGAUCACUGUAUGUCGUUGUCUCAUAUUCCUUCUCCAGGACAACGGUGAGACUGAAGAAGAACGCAAAGCGAGGAAAAAGGCUCGUAAAGCUGAAAAAGCCGCUGCUGUUGAGGCCGACGGAGAGUCAUCUAAGAAGAAGAAGCGGAAGUCUGAGGCAUGAUUGUGUGAUAUUACUCUCGUGUCUACUAUCUUGUUUCCAUCUAUUGUACUUUGUUCUUUAUUGCUUGCAGUAUUCACUUUUGUUUCUACUACUCGUGUGAGCAAUGUGAACUCUCAAUUUAGACGCAAUGAGGGCGUCUAAAUAAAAUCCACUUCGUUCACG